UCACAGCUUUCUGCUGCUCGACAGCUACUCGGAGUCUGUCUCUCUCUAACAAAAAAUCUCCAUCGCCGAUCUCCUCUUCCCCUUCCCUCCGCCUCUACCCGACCCGAUCCGCCGCCAUGAUCCGACCUUCCUCCCUCCUCGCCUUCCUCUCUCUCCUUUCCCUCUUCUCCUUCCUCCUCCUGCAACCCGCCUUCUGCGAUUCGCAAUUCGAAGGCUUCGACGCCGAUGAAGACGACGUCGCCGAGGAGCCCCUCGACCCUACUUCUUUGAAGCUUGUCGAUCUUCCACUGACGGUGACUGGCGACUCCCCGCCUGCUUCCUCCACUCCAGAUUCCAAUUCCAAUCAGCCCGAUUCAACUCCUUCUUCGGCUACUACGGAAUCGGAUGCCUCCGAAUCGAAACCUGAUUCGUCGACCCCGGCCGCUACUACGGCCGCCAGCUUCGGCGAAUGGGAUGAGGACGAGUUUGAAGGUCUGCCGACUGCGGCGGGUACUCCGACGACUCCAAAGUCUGCUGGUGCUAGUAGCGACGAGAAGGAAACCCCAGAUCCGAAUUCGAAGCAGCAGGGCGAGAGAGUUCCCUGGAGGAAGCAGUCGUUUACCGUGGAGAUAGUGUGCGUGUCGUUCUUGAUUAUGUUUGUUAUCAACUACUUCACUGGAAAGCGCGAGAACGAGAACAUUGCCCUGGCGUGGGCGGCGAAGUUCGCCACCAAGGAUUCCAUCUUCGAGAAGAAUUUCAGCUUGUUGGGUGUUGGGGAAGGAGACGAUUCGCCGUUGUUGUUGAAAGAAGGGCAGAAUGUGUUCAAGUUCUACGCUAGUGGGCGGAGGUUUUGCCAGGGGUUGUUGGCCACGAUGGAGUUGAAGAGCAGGCACGAUUUGAUUGCCAAGUUGUACAACAUGGUGGUGCCUUGUAAGGAUGAGAUCACAUUUCAGGUGUAUAUGAAUGAUAAUGCCAUGGACCAUGUGAUUUUUGCACUGGCGAAGAAGAAAGCUGCCAAAAUGAUGCAGAAGGAGGUUAGGGAUUUGCAGAGGUUUGCUGGGCUCGUUCCCCAGCCAGCCAAUAGCAAGAGGUGGGUUCCCGAGGAAUUGGGAGUUGUUUCAGAAUCUAAGGAGGUUGCUGGGGACUUGAUCACUGAUGCUGUGCUUGAACAGGUGUUUGGAGAAAAAGCUUUUGAGAAGUUUGGGAAGGGUUUCAUCUCAAUGCAUUUCUCUGAUCAGCACCCUGGCGCACACAGGAAGAUGCUUUUGUUCAAGUUCGCUCUGCCCGACGCCAGCAAUAUGGCUGAUAUGACCAGAUUGGUAGCUUUGGUACCUUACUAUAUUGAUCUGAUUGGUCGAUACAAGUUGAGCUCACAGGCACGGUCCAAGACAGAGGCAGCCAGAAACAAAGCUGCACAAGAAGCAUUCAGAGAACUCCAAAAUGCAAGACAAGAGGCCCUGCUGAGAAAGAAAGCGGAGAAGAAAGAGGAAGCUGAAGCGAAGCUGAGCGCAGAGGCGAUACGCCGGAAAGAAGCAAAGGAUCGUGCUCGUCAGAUGAAAAAGGCAAUGCCGAAGAUCAAGAUGUCACGCAGAUGAAUCAAUCAUCCGAAGAACGUGCUGGAGCAUUAGCAUUAACAUUCAAAUUCGCAUUCGAACUCGAUGGUCUUUGUAGUGUGGCCACGUCCCUACCACAGGUUUUGCUGCCUGACUCCUUUGCUCUCGACGCAUUGAAGCUUUUUUUGAUAUGUUUACCCCGUCUGGUGUUGGAUGGCACUUAUAGAAACACUUCUCCCCCGUAGUUUGAGGAACAUGGUAUAAACUGUACCACAAAUUCAUAUUGGAAACCUUUUCCCCCCCUUUCCUCUCCCGAUUAGAACAACGGAUACUUUAGUUAUUUUGCUAAAAGUUGUCGAACCGUUUUGUACUCUUGCGUUUGGUUUAGCAAGUGAUAUGGUCUAGCUAGGAUAUAAUUGGUUUAUAUCGGUUUAUACAGGUAGAAUUGAGAAACACUAAAUGAAUUAUGGAU